CUGACUAUCGAUAGUAUCGUCGAUAGUUUGACAGCUCGGGUUCAUGGCUCUAACCUUUUCUAAUAAAAUACCGAAGAUGGCAUCAAACAAGUAUGAGUUCAAGUUUAUAACUGCUUUUUAAACAAAAAUAUUGCAGAGGCGAAUGGUGAAGUGUAUGGUUUCACAACAGUCGACAAAAAGCUGUCGAAUUUUAUUAUAGUUGGGGCUGAGUAAACGUGGAGUGCUGGCAAAGGCAAUAAUGACAUUUAUACGAGAUCCUUGCGGCAUUGUAUGCCUGGUCAUCACCUACGGCGCAGUUAUGUACGCUGACUAUGUUGUCCUCCGCUGGAUUAUUCUGCUGACCAUGGAGGCGAGCAUUUGGGCACCAGUACAUGUCAUUAUGUUUAAUACGAUAAUUUUUCUCUUGUGCAUGGCCCACCUGAAAGCUGUACUUUCAGACCCUGGACGUGUACCAUUACCUGCGAAUCGCAUAGAUUUUUCAGACCUUCAUACUACAGGAAAAAAUGAAAACGGAGUUGUCGGCGAGUGGACUGUUUGUACACGUUGUGAGACCUAUCGUCCACCACGCGCUCACCACUGUCGCAUUUGCAAGCGCUGCAUACGACGUAUGGACCAUCAUUGUCCCUGGAUUAAUAACUGUGUAGGCGAGAGAAAUCAGAAAUUUUUUCUUCAAUUUCUUUUCUAUGUCGGCAUACUCUGCAUUUAUUCUGUUUCAAUGGUGGCCUACAGUUUUAUAUAUCCUUGCUCGAUUUGCAAUGUAUCUACUCUGGAAACGCAAACAAGAAUGCUUCACAGUAUUAUUCUGCUUUUGGAAUCUGCUCUAUUUGGUCUUUUCGUCUUGGCUAUAAUGGUCGAUCAGAUGCACGCUAUACUGCACGAUGAAACGGCAGUAGAAGUGGUACAAAUGAAAGGUAAAAGCGCCCUACGUCCAAACCGGCGGAAAAUUCAUUUAUUUGCUGAAGUGUUCGGACGAGGCAAUCCGCUUUGUUGGCUUAUACCGUGCACUAGCUUCAAUUCAUCUCUGCGGUAUUAUGAUACACCGUUGUUAACGAGCUAUGACGUCUAAAAUAAAUGAUUUUGGUGAUUGCAAACCAACUUCAUUUUAGUUUAUUUUUUUAUUUUUGAAUUUCACA